GACGGUCCUCAACUUGUGAUUCCCUAAUAAUUAACAACGUCAAAGGAACCAUCACCCUCCAUCUCUCUUUCUCUCUCUUUCUCCCUCUCUCCAUCCUAAUUUCUUUCUCGGCGAUGCCAAAACUCGUCGAUGCCGAAAUCGAUAUCCAAUCUCCAUCUUUGGUCUUCACCGUCCCCGUGCUUUUCUUCGUCUCAUUAGCAGCCGCAUACCUCCCUGUGGCUUCACAACGUUCCACGCUUUUCCGUGUACCAAAAAUAUGCUUCUUCUUGGCCAAGUACUUUGGUACAGGGGUGAUACUAUCUACCGCUUUGACGCAUCUUCUUAAUGAUGGUUUUGUCAAACUGGGCUCGGUCCGGUGGCUCGGGUUCAAGCAUUGGCCUGGUAUGAUCGUUCUCCUCUCCAUAAUAGCCAUAUUCCUAGUCGAUUUUUGUUCCGACGCCUAUGUCCGAUAUCUUGAGAAUCGAGUGCUAACCGCCGGUUUGGAAGAUCGUGAGCGGAACACUUCUGAACAGUCAUGGUUCUCUUCCGAUUCCAAGGCACGCCAAGAUGGCACUAGCACGCCUGGCAGUUCACUCACCGCACUGGAAGAUACGCCAUUGCUUGAAAGUGGCAGUAUUCCCGAGGUUGAACUGAUUCAACAAAAGGGAGAUGUCGUAGGUUUGCUUACUUUGCAAAUUGGGGUUGUGAUGCAUUCCAUCGUGCUCGGUUUCACACUUGGGGUUGCAACGGACGCCAAAUUCACAUCUCUCCUCCCGGCCAUCAUCUUCCAUCAAAUAUUUGAAGGAUUUGCCGUAGGCACACAACUUGCGGCUUUCGCUGCACCCAGGACAACGCGCCGCCGCACUGGGAGGAACGGAGAAAGGGCGAAUGUGAUCCAAACCGCUGAUCUAUCAAUGGAUCGUUCCCGAUCCAGCACAACAUCAUCGACCCGAUUAAACUCACCGUCACCUAUUCCCCAAACUCGAGCCCAACUAUUAUUACCGCCGAUUCUAGCUUUGUUCUUCGCCGUCCCAAUCCCCCUCACGAUCCUCAUCAUCUCUUCCAUUCCUCAACUUCGCCCUCCAACACCAUCAUCCAUCUCAUCUUUCCCAAUUUCGAAAAUGCUCGAGUCAACUCUGUCAUCACUAUCAUCAGCAUCAUCGCGAGCAAGAACCGAUGUAUUACAAGGAAUUACUUGCGCCGUGAGCGCUGGUCUGCUCAUCUUUGUGGCGUUAGUCGAGCUUGUUGCGGGGCAAUUUAGAUAUGAUCCCGAGCUUCAGCGCGAGAGUCUCAGGAAGCAAUUUGGUGCUGUGGCCGCUUUUAUUGCUGGGUGUAUCGGAAUGGGGAUCAUACCUUGAUUUUCGCCUUCCAUUGUUAGACGUUGAGAUACUAACUA